ACAGAUCAUAUGUUUGCGUUUCGGAUUAUUUAAUUUGCUUCAGUAAUUUUAUAAUCAUGGUUGUAUUUCGAAGUAUAACAGUGGAUGAAUAUAAAAGUAAUUACAUGACGUUUCGAUUGCUGUACGCGUUUCAUCGAACACCAAUCGGAAAAUGCCUUAUUGCCGUAACCGACACCGACGAAAGUGUGACGUACUUGAGAUUUAUUGACGAUGAAUACGAUAAUGAGGCGGCUGCUCUCAAAGAUUUAAAAGCGAAAUGGCCUUUAACUCAAACAUUGGAGGAUGCUGACAACAAAACAGAUGCUGUUAUCGUGAAAAUCUUUCAUCCCGAUUAUUCACGGCUUGAUUCCAUUCAUGUUUUCAUGAAAGGCACGGAAUUCCAAAUUAAAAUUUGGAGAUCUUUGACUAGAAUCCCUGGAGGAACGGUCACCACGUACGAGGAAGUCGCACGGAUGGUGGGUUACGAUUCUAAAACCGCAAUAGCAGUGGGAAAUGCAUGUUCUAAGAAUUAUGUUGCCUAUAUCGUGCCAUGCCAUCGUGUGGUAGCAAAAAACACACAUGUUUGUGGCAUCAAAAAUGCUUGGAAAAUUGAGCGAAAAGAAGCUAUCUUAAAAUAUGAAAAACAGCUCUAUGCGUAA